AAACAAUAAUGUUUCAAUCGACCGUGAAAUUGUGAGUUGGGUGCAAUUAUAUUGUGCUCUUUUCUGAUUUAGUAACUGGUUUGUCACCUUGCAAUGAUUUAUGAUUUUAGGAAGUCGUUUUUGACGUUACUAUGCGCGUCAUGCCAUAUUCUAAUAGUUUCAGAUGCAUCUGUAAUCAACGUAGGCACAACAGUGCCUCCAGAUGUAGGAAAAAUACUUGAGGAUACAAAUCUGACUGAAGUCAGCGAGAUUCUCAAUAAAUCUAGGAGAAUUAUCUCUGGCGUAGAGUCCGCGGCGAAUAGGCCUUACAUGGUAUAUCUCCAACUACCGGCAAACAACCCAAAGUACCGAGACUACCGCCGAUGGCUUUGUGGUGGCGUCAUUAUCCACGAAGAAUACAUACUGACCUCCGCGGCGUGCAUUGAAGACGCCAGAAACUUCUACGUGGUGUCUGGAACGUACAAGCACAGCGAGGACUGGUCGUCAGCUAACAACUUGUGCAUUAAAAAUGGCGCAAAGAAGGCGAUUUGGAAGUGUGUUCCGAGAAACUACGUGUUCGACGGUCACGAGAAUGACAACAUUCGGUGGAUGAACAACGACAUCGCGGUCGUUAGGGUGGAGGACGAGUUCGACUUCGAGCGCCGGGUCAAAGGCUGCGACUAUGUGCCCAAGCCCAUCUGCUACAACAAUCGGAGUUCAACGUUCGAGAAUCCGGGCAACGCGGGCAUCAUCGCCGGCUGGGGUAGCACAGAGAAAUAUGACGAUUGGGUAAACUCCAACAGGCGGGAGAUGAACAUGAAUGUACUCCGCGAGACCGAAGUGCACAUCAUCAGUAAGAGGAAGUGCAAGCGGCGCUGGGGAUCGCGAUACGCCAACAUCAUUGAUAAUUAUAUGAUCUGCACUAAGGAUCUCGUUCCGGACCUUAGUGAGGUUUGCGAGGAAAAAUACGUGGACUGUACCGACAUCAUGUACUCUGGAGAGUCGGGCGAGAAGACGCUGCGAAGACGAGUUAUCGACCCCUCGUCGCUGGUGCUUCACAGUCCCUUCCACAACGAAUCAUCGCGCAGAAACUCGUACAGCAGCGGGGGUUUCUGUGAGAACGAUCACGGUGGCCCCCUGAUAGCAGAUGACGGUCACGAGCCUCUGGUCAUCGGAAUCAUCUCGGCCUGCCUCGUCAAGGAGCGCACCAACAAGUGUUACGGACCCUUUCUCUACACCAGCGUCUAUAAGAAUAGGGUGCUGAUCAACUGCGCUAUUUUUAAGACCAACUCAAAUGACUGCAGCAAGAUGUACCGAUCCAGUAUAACACACACGGAAACUGUGCUGAGUUGGGUUGAUCAUCCUGAUGGACCAGCCAAGAACGAAAUUGCUGCUUUACGUAGAGCGCAAGAACGUAAUACAAAUGCAACACAAUCAAACGAGGAACACUUGGCAGACGGAGAUGCCAAUGCGACUAAUGGGUUAAAUGGAACUGUUGGGGUAAAUGCGACCGCUGAGACAGCAGGGUCAGAUCCGGUAAAAGAGGUACAAGCGGCGACGGGGGCGCAUGCUACACACGGACAGACGAAAUUUGUGGACAAAGCACAACAGCAUAGGGGCAUAGUAAUGAGGUCCGGUUAAUAUACAUAUUACAAUAUGAAUAAUGGUUAAUAAAAUAUUUAAAAUUUA